AAUUGCAUGGCUAAAUGGUGGUGAUUGUAAACCGAGAAAACCAUAUUACCAGAACCAGAGAGAAUCUUCACCGUAGACAAACCUUCUUGAGGAAUUCUAGAUAAGCAAAACGCAAGUGUAGAUAUGGUGUCUAGUUCUCUGUCAAUACUGUCUCCCGCUGCUUCAAUUCGUGCCAAUUCGAACGCUGAUUCUCCUUCCACGCCCACAUCUCAUCUGGGUCUUUGCUCCUUUAAAAGGAUUACAAGACCAAACCCUAGUUUGCGAAAACCAAUCAAAUUGAAGAUAUGUGGUUCUUAUUCUAGCCAAUUAAUCGAAGAUGGCUCUGCGGAGCAGUUUCUGCAGAACAACUCAAUAGCUGAUUUCAUGCGGUUCAAGAGUGGAACCUCUAGAGGUAGUGGGGAGCUUCAGACUGCCGUUGUAAGCUACAAAAAGCGGUUCCCUUGGUCUAUUUUCCGGCCAUUUCUCCGGGUUGAUUUGGUGUCGACAAUUCACAUCGCAGAUAAAGAGUACUUUUCAGCCCUUCAGAAGGAGCUUGAGUACUAUGAUUGUGUUCUUUAUGAGAUGGUGGCUAGUAAGGAGUUCUUAGAAAAACGAAGAAACCCUACUGCCACAACAAGGCUUAAAAGUUCUCGUUCACGAGGUUUCAACAUUCUUGGUUGCAUCCAGCGGCAGAUGGCUCGAAUACUCAGACUUGAUUUUCAAUUAGACUGUCUUGAUUAUCAUGCUGAAAAUUGGUACCACGCAGAUCUUGACUUCGAGACCUUCAAGCUUCUUCAGCUUGAAAAAGGUGAAAGCAUGUUCACAUUUGCGAGGGAUAUGACCCUUAGAUCAACAAAAGCUAUGGUGCUACCUGCUUCAAUUUCAAAAGACCUUGGUCCAUGGAAGUCCAAGCUUCUGUUGGCUUCACGUGUCCUGCCGAUGCCGCUUGUAGGGCUUCUCAUUAUUGGAAGUGUUUGUGCAGACGAGGGAAGCCGGCCAUCAGACUAUCUGGAACUAGAGGCCUUGUCUAAGCUUGAUUUUGGUACCGCAAUGAAGGUUUUUCUGGCAAAAAGGUUAACCUCAGAGUUCACACUGAUGUCAGCAGAUUUGGAGGAGAAAUCCGUCAUCAUCGGCGAGAGAAACAGGGCUGCAGUAGUAGCUCUCAGAAAAGCAAUUGAUAAGGGCCACAACAGGAUUGCUAUCCUAUAUGGGGGCGGUCACAUGCCGGACUUGGGGAGACGAUUGCGGGAGGAGUUUGACCUGGUCCCUUCACAAGUGCAGUGGGUAACAGCUUGGAGCAUAAAGAACAGAGACAUAAAUAUCAGUUCCCUUCCUAUUCUGAAGACCAUGGCUGAGCUUUCAGGGUGGCCAUUGAACCGGUACCAGACAUUGGCAUUGCUGAUAUUUUCUUCUGUCCUUGCAGUAGAUCUUUGGUUCUGGGAGCUCUUUUUUGGCACUGCCGUGAACUGGGCCUCCCAAAUUGCCUCAGAGGUUCUGCAAUACGUCGACAAUGCACAGUUUCUCUGAGAACAAGUCCUCAACUGAUUACAAAUUGUUUAUUUUGUAUUAUUGGGUAAGUGAUUGUUUCAUUAUGGGUCAUAUUUCAAUGCAUAUACCUCCGGAAAUAUGGUAAAUGACUAUGGUAAACAUACAGUCCAUUGUUUGGCCGAUUCAGAUUGAAUUGCUUGGACAACCUAAUUGUAUCCAUAUAGUAUCAGAUGCCAACCUUUUUAAGAUG